AUUCCCACGUAUGGGUUAUCUACUAAUUGAUACCGAAUGUACAGAGAUAGGUGACUGGAAAGAUAUCAAAAUAUAAAGUUUGUGUUGCAUUACUUAAAAGGAAUCAUUUUCUGGUUCAUUUUGAAAUUCUUCGUCUUUUUAUAUUACAAUGAAAGCUGAAAGUAUAAAACUGGAUUCUGAGAAAAACACACAGGAUGAAAAAUUAGAAUCAUGUUCAGUUGAUAGUUUGCCCUUUGUCCAAUCCGAUGCAGAAAAGAAAUUAGUCAAGAAGAUCAACUAUACGUUUAUGCCAUUUGUUUGUGUUCUACUUUUUAUUCAAUACAUUGACAAAUCUACUAUCUCAAUGAUCAGUGUCAUUCCAGAAUUCUAUACCGAUACAGGCCUGACAAAAGAUAAAUACACAUGGCUAGGUUCUUUCUUCUAUGUUGGUUUUCUAUGCAUGCAACUACCAAAUAAUUAUUUGCUUCAAAAAGUCCAAGUCUCAAAAUAUGCUGGCAUUUGUUUGGUAUUAUGGGGUAUUGUCUUGCUAUGCAUGGCAUUUGGUAAAAAUUUUGGUCAACUGGCCGGUUUACGUUUUUUAUUGGGCUUUUUCGAAGCUAUCACUUAUCCUACAAUCUUUUUGUUAAUAUCGACCAUUUACAGAAGAUCAGAACAAGUUAUUUGGUUAGGCGUUAUGUUUAUCAGUAACAGUGUUGCUGGUGUAUUGGGUGGAUUUAUUGGCGUUGGUAUCAUGAAAAUGCCUAUAGUCGGCAUUAUCACUCCCUGGAAGUGGGCUUUUAUCUUAUUUGGCUCCAUUACCAUCGUUAUUGGUAUCAGCUACUUUUUCUUUUUGCCCGAUAGACCCGACUCUCGAUGGUUUAGAUUAACAGAAGAAGAGAAACUGAUCGUGCAAGAACGUACUCGCGACAAUGCGGUUGUUGCUACCCAAAAGAUUAAUUUUAGCCAUUUCUGGGAAGCUGUCAAAGAGCCUCGAUUCUACUGCUAUAGUUUGAUUUCGGUGUUUAUUAAUCUUCAAAACGGUGCAUUUACCAUCUUUAGCAAUAUUAUUAUUACAGAAUUAGGCUUCUCUAAUACCAACGCUAUCCUACUUAAUAUUCCAACAAAUGUCACAAUCAUUAUUUUAAUUUUGAUUUCGACAAAUAUCAGUAAAUCAAAGGGUGAAAUUAUAUACGUUGCUAUGGUCUGUUGCUUUAUUUCCAUGGUGGGCUUGAUUUGUUUGACUGCGAUACCUUCUGGUGGUGUAAAACUUAUUGGUAUUUAUCUUCAAUCUGGCGGAACACCAACCUACGUUCUCCUUCAAGCUUCUAUCACAAGUAAUGUUUCUGGUUACACCAAGAAAAUCUUUUACAUUGGUGCCAAUUUGAUUUGUUACACAGUGGGUAAUUUUGUUGGCCCACUUUUGCUUCGCCAAAAGGACUCCCCUCGUUACUAUCCUGCAAUGGGUGUCUAUGUUGCUGCUAAUGUUCUAGUAAUUAUUUUGUUUGGUUAUGUACGUUAUACUUAUAUUUGUGCCAACAAGAAGCGCAAUAAUCUGGACAAAAAUGCUAUUGCAUUAACUGGUGAAAUCAAAGAUUUGACGGAUGUAGAAAAUCCCAACUUUGUUUAUAAACCCUAAUUUUAUAUUAUAUCCUAGCUUAAAUUAAUAAAUAUUUACGUGAUCAUCCAC